AUGGGCUUCCUGAAUUUGGCGGCGACGGCAUUUGGAGUGGUUACCCUGCUCCUAUUUGGGGCAGCGGCGGCGGCAGGUGGAGCUCUGGACUGCACCACCGUGACAGGCCUGAUCUCGGCGUGCUCCGCUUUCAUCACGUACGGCUCGCCGGACCCACUUCCCGGCUCCCCUUGCUGCGAAGCCAUGACGACGCUGGGGACGGUGGCGGAGACCGGCGGGAGCAGCGGCGGCGGCGUUUGCAGGUGCCUGUUGGGCCUCAUCGCCACCUACAACCCCAACGCCACCGCCAUCGCUACUCUCCCGGGCUUCUGCGGGAUCGAUAUGGGCUUCAUCAUUGACCCAAAUACCGAUUGCGCUUAG